GGCAGCUGUCAGUUCGGCCUUCUCACCAGUCACCCACCACAUCAAGGCAUGACUUCCACUGGCCUGCAGGCAGCCACACAACUCUUUCAGGAGGAGGAUGUUCAAUUGAGAUCGGUCAUCGAGUAACGCGCCCCAUAUGGCGGCGGCCGGCACACCGCAGCCCGUAAAGCUCUCUCUGCCUUUAAUUUACCAGCAGAAGCUCUUUGAGGAAUUGCGUAGCGAAGAUGAGCUCGUCAUAUUGGCGCGAGGACUCGGCCUCAUCCGGCUCAUCACCAAUCUUCUCCAUUCAUACGAUGCCGCAGGAAAUAACCUGAUCGUCAUCGUCGGCGCAGAAGACAGGGAGAACGCAUGGAUUGGCGAGGCUUUGGCUGAACAUGCCGCCAUCAGCAUGUCGCCUCGGGCCCGCGGCCUGACUGUGGUCAAUACCGACUUCACCAGCGUGGCCGCUCGUGAGAAGAUGUACGCUGCAGGCGGCAUUUUCAGCAUCACAUCCCGCAUCCUGGUGGUCGAUAUGUUGACCGCGCUUCUAAACCCGGAGACCAUUACAGGCAUGGUGGUUCUUCAUGCCGACCGGGUCAUUGCCACGUCCAUAGAAGCCUUCAUCCUUAGGAUAUACCGCCAGAAGAACAAAGUCGGCUUCCUCAAGGCGUUCUCAGACAACCCAGAUCCAUUCACCGUGGGCUUCUCACCGCUGGCCAGUAUGAUGAGGAACCUUUUCCUUCGGAAAGUCUCGCUCUGGCCACGCUUCCAUGUGCAUGUGGCCGAAGCGCUAGAAGGGAAGAAGAAAGCCGAGGUGAUUGAGCUGGAGGUUCCUAUGACAGACGCCAUGCGCGAGAUACAAAAUGCCGUCAUGGAAUGCGUUGAAGUGAGUAUCCACGAGCUCAAGAAGGGCAACACAGGGUUAGAAAUGGACGACUGGAACCUUGACAGCGCCUUGCUCAAGAACUUUGAUGUCAUGGUCCGUCGGCAGCUGGAACCGAACUGGCAUCGCGUCAGCUGGAAGACAAAGCAGAUUGUGAACGACCUGACCAUCCUCAGGGGGAUGCUCCAAUCUAUCCUGGCGCUCGAUGCGGUCUCCUUCCUCCAGCAGCUCGACACCAUCCAUGCCGCGCAUUCGCCGCCUCCCGGGUCGACAAGGCAGACUCAGCCUCCUUGGCUCUUCCUGGACGCUGCACAAACCAUUUUCGAGACCGCAAGAAGGCGGGUCUAUUCGAGUAGUCAGAGGGCAGGUCCAGACACCACUAACAUUGACGCACUGCGACCUGUGCUGGAAGAACAACCUAAGUGGGCCGUCUUGGCCGAGGUGCUACAAGAAAUCGACCGGGACCUCUACUUCGAGCCUGCUCUCCGCGAUGACUCCAAUGGAACGAUAUUGAUCAUGUGCUCAGACGCCACUACAUGUCGACAGCUCCGCGAUUAUCUCCAGACAAUGCAUGUCAAACCGAGAGUAGAGAAGAAGGUUGAGGAGAUCUACGACCCGGAGCAGGAUAAGCCGUCCGCUGCCUUCAUGAUGAGGAGGAAGUUGCGUAACUACCUCAAGUGGAAGCGGGAAUUUGCCCAAGUCAGCGCGACUCUCUUCUCGGAGACCCAGAAGGCCGUCGCUGGUGCAGUUGACCCACGCCUCGGCCGGUCGAAAGGCAAGGCGCCUGCAAACAAGAGGCGCCGUGUCCGCGGCGGCGGAGUGGUUGGCACAGGCCCUGGCCGUCUUGACAACGGGAGCAUAGCGCAGUACUUUGAGCAGCCAAGUGAGGUGGCGGAGCUUAUGGCUGAGGUCCAGAUCACGGAGGAAGAGACGAAACAAAAGGAAGACGUCGUUGCGGAUCCGUUGGAGAACAUGGACGACUAUUACCAGUUGUAUGAGAUGCAGGAUCUGGUUGUCAUCCAUCCGUAUGAGGGAGACCAGGACGAAUACAUUCUCGAAGAGAUCAAGCCGAAGUACAUCGUCAUGUACGAGCCGGAUGCCUCCUUUAUUCGCCGAGUUGAAGUCUACCGCUCGUCCCACAACGAUAGGAACGUUAGAGUGUACUUCCUGUACUACGGCAGAUCGGUCGAAGAACAGCGCUACCUAUCCACGGUCCGCCGUGAGAAGGAUGCCUUCACCAGGCUCAUCAAGGAGCGAGCCAGCAUGUCGGUUGUGAUGACGGUCGAUCCCAAGGACGCCGAAGAUCCGCAGGAAGCCUUCCUACGGACCAUUAACACGCGGAUUGCCGGUGGCGGGAGACUAGCCGCCACCGCGGAGCCACCGCGCGUCGUGGUCGAUGUGCGCGAGUUCCGCUCGUCGCUCCCGUCCCUAUUGCACGGCAAAUCCAUGAUUAUCGUGCCCUGCAUGCUGACGGUCGGCGACUACAUCCUCAGCCCGAACAUCUGCAUCGAGCGGAAGAGCAUCAGCGACCUGAUCAGCUCUUUCAAAGACGGCCGCCUCUACAGCCAGUGCGAGACCAUGUUCCAGCACUACAAAAGUCCGAUGCUACUCAUCGAGUUCGACCAGAACAAGAGCUUUACCCUCGAGCCCUUCGCCGACUUGUCGGGGAGCCUUUCCAGCGUGAGCGCCGCCAAUGCCGGCGCUAACGACCUGCAGAGCAAGAUCGUCCUGCUCACGCUAGCGUUUCCGAAGCUACGCAUCAUCUGGUCGUCGUCGCCGUACGAGACAGCCGAGAUCUUUGAGAGACUCAAGGCGCAUGAAGCCGAGCCAGAUCCGAUUACGGCGGUCAAGGCUGGACUGGACCAGGAUACGAAGGCGGACGAACAGGUGUUCAAUGCGCAGCCGCAGGAGAUGCUGGCUGCGGUGCCUGGGGUCACGCCCAAGAACAUCAUGAACAUCGUGCUCGAGACGGAGAAUAUCAAGGAGGUGGCCAAUAUGACGGCGGCGGAACUGGAACCGAUGGUCGGAAAGGCGGCGGCUGCGACAAUAUGCGGCUUCUUUGCGAAGGAUUUGUUGGAGGAUGAAGAGUGAUUGAGCACUGGUCGUCUUGGGAGACUCGAUAACUGAUACCAGCGAGGUCACGAUCCGCACAAGCACACAUUAGAGCUGUUGGCCACGUUCGCAGUG